CCAGGAGAGCUAACCAAUUCAGUGCUGACAGAAGACUGAAAAAGGGUUCCUUUUCCUUUUCCUAAGCUUCAGAGGUGUUUACCUGAAGAGACGCUUGGAUUUUAUCAAGAACAUUUGGAAAAUAGAGAACAAUGCCAUCUUUAAAAAAGACUUUGUUUUUUCUUUUGAGCGCGAUGCUCACUGCCAUAUCUAUUGGUUUGCUUGGGUAUGCCAUGUCCACGACAUGGUCUACAACGAUAAUGGAUUGUGAAGGAUUUGGGAGCAACAAUGGAAGUGCAGAAAUAACGAUGGGCCUUUUCAAUGGAAAGUUAAUAAGAAACACCUGUCCCAGCUUUGGCAGUGAGGAAAAAUUUGAAGUGUUUAAAGCAUUGUUACCCAUAGAAAAGGCUCCCCUGGUUCUCCACGGUCUGUGUGUGGGGCUGCUGGCUGUGUGUUUCCUGACUUCUGGCCUGAGCAUUCUCAUCUCACUCUACAACAGCGUCAGUAACCCUUACGAGACCUACAUGGGCCCUAAUGGGGUUUACACCUGCUCCUCCAUCAGCGCAUGCUCGUCUGUUCUGGUCCUCAUCAUUUACGUGCUGAACCUCAUUCUGACCAAAAUGCAAGAGGAAUUGGUUCCCAGCAUUGCUGACAUUACCGACGUAGAGCUGACUCAGAAAAGGUUGGAGGUGAGGGUCGGGUAUUUCCUGCUCAUCCCUUAUGCGGUGCUCUCUCUGCUGGCCAUCUUGUUGAUCUACCUGUACGACCACGCAGCCUACACUCACAGACGGGAACAGGAGAGGCCCACAGAGGACGCCCCUAAGGAGAUCAUGAUGUACUAGUGAUAAUCACGCCAGUGACACUUUUACGUUUCCGAAUGACUUUCUGGGAAAACUUACUGUUUGUAACUUAGAUUAUUACAGAUCAUGGUGGUGUACAGAAAAAAAUGAAUGCACAACUUGCUUGAUGCACAAUGUGCAGGAAUUGAUUUAUUGUAUUCAGUUUUGACAUUCAAGACAGAAUGUUUUAUUGCAUUUCAGUUUUAAGUUAAUUUAUCCAAAAGGGUGAGAAGUCAAAUUAAUCAUUUUAUUCUACAUUUUUCACAUAAAAUAUACACAAAACAUUCUUUAAAACUUAUUUAUUUUACAUAUGAACAAUACAAUAGCUUUUAGUGCAAAGCAAUACCUUUCUAUGUCUUUCAGAAUAAAAUAACAGUCAAAUCAGCAUCAACACUGAUAUUGUUAAUCAACACGAUGCAUGCAUUCGUUUGCAUCUCUUUGGAUGAAAGCAAUUUCUACCCAUUGUUUGUUUUGUUUUUUUUAGUUUAAUAUCAAAUUAUUUUCUAAAGAAAUAAAUCAAUUGAUUGAAAGCAGUAACAAGGUAAUGGUAUUCAGUGACGUUUGCUGCCCUCUCUCUGACUUAUGAUGCUAUUACAAGGAGUCAACAUCAGUAGAAUGCCACUGCUGAGACAUUACUGGAUCCCUGUUUACUUGGAACAGCCUUUCUCUGGAAAUAUGUUGUGCCAAGUGUUGCACAAUUAAUAUUAUUUGGAUGAAAAGCCACUAUAACACAUCAAAGAAAGAUAUCUUAACCCUCUAAAGUGAAGGUUUGACCCAACAGGAAUGAACACUAACAAUUGCAUUAAAAAGAAUGGUUGUACAUCCGACCAGAAUUAAAACAAACUCUUGACUUAAAAUAAAAAUCUUAGCAAUUUGCAAAAAGAUAUCGCCAAAUAUCAGUUGUGGUGUAUGUAUUUAAGCCUGUGUGUAUCAUUUUGAACCUGUGGAUUAAAUAAAAUGAAAAUUGAAUUUAAA